AUGGACCCCAUCACCGCCCUCGCCCUUGCCUGCAACGUCACGCAGCUCGUUGAACAAGCUAUCGAAGCUGCCAGUGUGUGCAAGGAAAUCUAUGAGCGAGGCUCCCUAGAUGAGAAUAACAAGAUUGAAGAGUACGCCAAUUGCAUCGCGGCUGCCAACAAGGAUCUAGAGGCUACACUGAAUGCUCACAAGGUAACACCGUCCACUCAUCCGACGCGGCUACAGAAGGUCAUCAAUGAUGCCACCGCGACUACAGCCGAGCUCAAAAAGGUCCUCAACCAGUUGAAGCUCUCCAAGAAACAGGGCAACAAGCAGAUCGGUGGCGCGUUCAGGACGACUUUGAAGGCUAUUUUCAAGAGGGGCGUCAUCGAAAGUCUGCGGCAGAAGUUGGAACAGCAAGAUGCCGCCCUACGCUCAGCCAUCUUAAAAGACCUCUAUUUCAGGGCCGGUCAGGGUGAAAUGACGCUGAAAGACGAGUUUAAAGCCCUAUCCCAAGGCCAGAGAGACGCCAUCGCCCAUGUCUUGGGCGGCUUGCAAGCUGUUUCGAACGAUCUCGUAGCAUCGAUUAAAGCUUCGGAAACAGUUUUGGCAGCGCGUCUCACUAGUCAGGAUGUACAGCUUGAACGAAGUAUGCGAAUGCUCUCAACAGAUAUUCCAGCCACAGUCAGAGGCGCAGAGGCUAGAUUGAUGGAUCGCUUCGAUAGCCAAGACUCACUCCUGAAGGAUGCUGCUCGGAAGCAUAUUAUGCAGACAAAGUUUUUCCAGGAUCAAGCAGAGGAUGCUCUUCGAGACCGCCUUCUGGACGCAUUGGCGUUUCCGGAGAUGAAUGAACGACGCAACAUGAUUGAGGGGCGCGUCGUCGACUUUGGCAAGACUUAUGCCUGGGUUUUCAAUCCUCUAAAUGAGCAAGCUCGUAUUUUCCGCAAUCAGCAGCGCCAUGCGUUCGUCGAAUGGCUUCGGACCGGACAAGAGGUCUUUUGGAUCAACGGAAAACCUGGCAGCAGGAAAAACACACUCAUGGACUUUAUCUAUCAAAAUUUUCAAUCUGGACAACAAGGGCUUGUCCAUUUAGAAGCAUGGGCACACCCGCAACCUGUCCGCCUUCUCAGUUUCUGGUUUUUCAGACCGGCCGCAAGCCGUUUAUUGAAAUCUCUGGAUGGAUUCUAG